AUGGACUCUACCGAGCCUCCCUUCUCCGAGGCUCGUUUCAUCGAGAUCACGCCUGAGGAUGUGUACAAGAUUGGCGAUAUCGGAACCUUGCCGGUCGGCCGUGUCGAGACUGGCAUCAUCAAGCCCGGCAUGGUUGUCACCUUCGCUCCCCAGAACGUCACCACUGAGGUGAAAUCCGUUGAAAUGCACCACGAAUCUCUCCCUGAGGCCGUCUCCGGUGACAACGUCGGAUUCAACGUCAAGAACGUUUCCGUCAAGGACUCCGCUGGAUACUGCCAUGUACUCGAUUGCCAUAAGGCCCACAUUGCUUGCAAGUUCGCCGAGCUGAAGGAGAAGGUCGACCGACGAACCGGAAAGAAGGUCGAGCACAACCCGAAGGCCCUCAAUAACGGAGAUGCCGGAAUCGUCGAGCUCCACCCCACCAAGCCCCUUUGCGUUGAGGCAUUCACCGACUACUCUCCCCUUGGCCGUUUCGCCGUGCGUGACAUGAGGCAAACGGUCGCUGUCGGAGUUAUCAAGAGCGUCGACAAGUCCGAUGGCGCUGGAGGCAAGGUUACCAAGGCUGCUCAGAAGGCUGGUGGCGCUGCUGGCAAGAAGAAA